CGUCGGAGGUUGUCGUGGGGCGGGGCGCGUGAGACUGGAAGCCAGGGGGCUGGGGGAGGCCACGGGGUGGCCAGAGCGACUAGAUCUAAUGAGUUCUGUCCCCGAAGUCGCGUUCCGCAGCCUUGGUCAGCACCUGGGCAGAAGGUACCUUCCAUGAACGCCUCCGCUCAGCACCGGGAUUGCCUGAUUGUAGGCAAGUCUCGCUGCUACCCCGGGAGUAGCGUGGUUGACGUUGCUGCCUUUUUAAUGUGUGCCAGAGGCGAGGGAACUUGCCCAGCGCGUCAAGCAAGGCAGGGGGCAGGGACAGAAGUAAAUGAAAGUAAAUGGAUGAGAGAUGGCGUUAUUUUACCUCGCACCAUGAGAGAGACUGGGGAGAAACUAGAAAGGAGAGCAAGUCCUGUAAAAGAAACUUAAGCCGAUCUCCAAGCAUGUCCAGUGUCCUGUUGAGAACGCUGGAAGGACUUUUUUCCAGACUCCAAAGUCCAGUUCCAACACUAAGAGCUUUUUUCACGUCACAACCCUUGCAUCAAGUGGCAGAUCCUGUGUGGAACUUGGGUAGACUAAAUCAUGUAGCCAUAGCAGUGCCAGAUUUGGAAAAGGCUGCAACAUUUUAUAAGAAUGUACUGGGGGCCCGGGUAAGUGAGGCGGUCCCUCUUCCCGAACAUGGAGUAUCUGUUGUUUUUGUCAACCUGGGAAACACCAAGAUCGAACUGCUUCAUCCAUUGGGAAGUGACAGUCCAAUUGCAGGUUUUCUGCAGAAAAACAAGACUGGAGGAAUGCAUCAUAUCUGCAUUGAGGUGAAUAAUAUAAAUGCAGCUGUGAUGGAUUUGAAAAAAAAGAACGUCCGUUGCUUAAGUGAAGAGGCCAAAAUAGGAGCACAUGGAAAACCAGUGAUUUUUCUCCAUCCUAAAGACUGUGGGGGAGUCCUUGUGGAACUGGAACAAGCUUGAUUUAUAUUUGCAAGAAACUAAGUUAAUUGACCUGAAAAGGCCUAUCAAACACUAUCAAAAUGUACUAUAGCCUUGAGUCCUUCACUGCUUUCAUCACUUAAAAGUGAUUUGGAGAAAACCUUGAUUAUCGAAAUACUUAAGGAAUGUUAUUAAAAUCAUAUUCAUAGAAAUAAAUGAUUCCUAUUCUAAAA